UAUGGUAAAAAAAAUGUCGGAUUUUGAGGAAUUCGAGAAACAGCUAAGUGAGAAUAGACAAGAGAGAGAGAAGGAGAAGCAUAGGAGAAGGAGCCGCAGUGGCUCACUGAGUCGUGGUGAGAAGCAUCGCAGCUGGAGCAAAGACAGAGGGAGCCGCAGCCGAGAGAAACGCAGCCGCAGUCGAGACCGCAAGAGCCGGGAUCGCCGGAGCAGCUCCAGGGACCAUAAGAAACACAGCUAUUCUCCUCGACGAACAAGAAAGAAAAGGACAUACAGAUACUGGGAUGUUCCACCCCCGGGGUUUGAACACAUUACUCCAGCGCAGUACAAAGCAAUGCAAGCUGCUGGGCAGAUCCCCACCAUUGCGCUGCUGGCGACGUCUACCACAGCCGGAGUGGCUGUGACGCCAACACAAGUGCCUAUUGUUGGCAGCCAAAUGACCAGACAAGCUCGACGUCUUUAUGUUGGCAAUAUACCCUUUGGAGUGACUGAGGAAUCAAUGGCAGAGUUCUUCAACACCCAGAUGAGACUUGCUGGGCUUUCUCAGGCACCCAGCAACCCUGUGCUUGCUGUGCAAAUUAAUCAGGACAAGAACUUUGCAUUCCUUGAGUUCAGGUCAGUAGAUGAGACCACACAGGCCAUGGCGUUUGAUGGAAUCAUCUUUCAAGGGCAGUCACUGAAGAUCAGACGGCCUCAUGACUAUCGCCCCCUGCCCGGCAUUUCUGAGCAGCCGGCCUUCCACGUUCCAGGAGUUGUGUCCACAGUUGUACCAGACUCUCCCCAUAAACUCUUCAUUGGAGGUCUGCCCAACUAUCUAAAUGAUGAUCAGGUUAAGGAGCUCUUGACAUCAUUUGGACCACUCAAGGCUUUCAACCUUGUUAAAGACAGUGCUACAUCACUGUCGAAAGGUUAUGCUUUCUGUGAAUAUGUGGAUAUUGGUGCCACUGACCAGGCGGUGGCAGGGCUGAAUGGCAUGCAGCUUGGUGAUAAAAAGCUCAUCGUCCAGCGGGCCAGUGUGGGCGCAAAGAACGCCAAUCCAACUGCCAUCAUAGAGACACCAGUAACUCUGCAAGUUCCUGGGCUGCAGAGGCUGCAGAAUUCUGGUUUGCCCACUGAGGUGUUGUGUCUCCUCAACAUGGUGAUGCCUGAGGAGCUGCUGGAUGAUGAGGACUACGAGGAGAUCCUGGAGGACAUCCGCGAGGAAUGCUGCAAGUACGGCAACGUGCGCUCCAUUGAAAUCCCACGGCCCAUUGAUGGCGUGGAGGUACCCGGUUGUGGCAAGAUCUUUGUGGAGUAUGGGUCAGCGGCCGACUGUCAGAAGGCCAUGCAGGCCCUGACCGGACGCAAGUUUGCGAACCGCGUGGUGGUCACCAAGUACUACGAUCCAGACAUGUACCACAGACACGAAUUCUGAAGGUUGAGACUAGACUGACUCACCAAAAUGAAGAUUGCAGCAUAAGGAAGGAAGGAAGUCAAGAUCGGUCCUGUUUCCUUUCGCUGUUACACAGUUGCUUUUUUGCUAUUUAUAUAGUUUUAAAAGAGAUGAUGUGAGUAGGCCAGCUUCUAGAUUUCUGACCAACAUUAGGGCAUAAAAAACUAGUACUCAUCUGUGAAGUGAAGUAUUUUAACAAACUGUGACAAAAACCUUUAGCUUUUAGCUUUUAGUAUUAGCAGAGAUGAUCAAACUUUAUAUUAACCCAAAACCAAAAGAUCCAGCCAGCAUUUAUCUCUUUCUUUACAAUCAAAUAUAGCAUUUAUCUUCAACGGCAAAAGAAUGAAACGCUGUGAAAUUACAUUUUAGCUGUGCGCUCAAGCUUACCUGUUACCUGUUCUUUACGAUGGCCUUGGUUUUGUUCUAGAUGAAAAAUUAAAUUAGAUUUUAUUGUAGUUUGGUUAGGGUAACAGUGCUUCAUACCAGCAAAAUGUAAUUGAUGCUAUUCUAAAUUGUUGUAUCUUGUUGUAAGAUAAAAUGAAAGUGUUCAUAUAUGUUGAUUUAAAAGCUGCUAAUAGAGUGUAAAUACUGUACCUAUAAAAACAUCCAUAGGUCUACACUGUGUGUGAAUAGAAAUAAGCAAGGGAGAAUGAGAGAGAGAGCAAUUGUGCACAAAUCUGCCUGUUCAUCCAGAUAUUUGUACGUAUUAUAAGAAUUCAUGGCCCAAGUUCUGUUUAUAAUGAGAGCAUUACAUCUUACAUUUUACCCUCAAGAAAUCCAGAGACACUCAGUAGGAAAAAUACUGAAGUGGUUUGGUUGAUGGUCAGAAUAUGCAUUUGAAGUAACGUUAUAUUGUUUACAGCAGUUUUAAAUUUGAGGAGUUUAUAGAACUGCCACUAAGAAGACACUACAGUUCCCCUAAAUCACAGUUUUUUGUCACAUUUCAAGCAUAUCCUUCAUGACGCCACAUCUUAAGGGUGAAAAAAAAUCAAGUAAUCAAUGAAAAAUAUCAUCUAUGAACAAUCAUAAUUUUACAAAGAAUGUGAAACGUUUUAGCGAUUGGUUUUGUAAAUUCAAACCUGCCACUGCCUUGCCUGCAAUAAACAAUGCCUAUUGCAAUACUUCAA